GCCUUGUCGAAUCCCAUCAUCGUGAACUUCUCAAACUCGAACACGAGGCUGUGAUAUCUCCUAUCUGCAUACUGAUACCCUUUAUCUAAGCUAGUAAUUUCAACUUACGCCACAAUAACUCGGAACUUCAACUUUCACACAUGAGGACUCGAUAAUAUCCAGCUUAAAGGGGUUCGAAUUCAAUAGAACACAACACAGCACACAACAUAACGCAACAAAACCACCAUGCCAGGCCCUGGCAUCGAAGCCACCGCCCCCGAACCCCCCUCCAAGCGCCGCAAAGUCCACGACGACAGCACCGCCUCCACACCCGCCCGCGACUACACCACCGCCUCCAAGCCCUCCGACAAAACCACCCUCCGCGUCUCCAUCCGCGAGAAGACCCUAGACAGCCCAUCCAUGACCCCAAGCCGAAGCCGCAGCCGAAGCCGCAGCCGGCCACGCCGCCGAGACACAGACGACUACUCCACCGACCGCUCGCGCCACAGCAUAUCGCCAACGUCUAGCACGCGUUCGCGUAUACGCUCCCCGCGCUCCAGCACAGGAAGCAGAUCCUCAACGCGCUCGCGGUCCCCUCGCUCCCCCUCCGAAACCCGGUCCCCCUCGCCCAACAGCCAGCUCCGCGACGAUGCGCUCGCCGCGCACGACGCGCCGACGCCUUCGCAGCCCGCGAAGCCGAAUUACGUGGCGCGGAUGGUGUUGAAGGGACACACGAAUGGGAUAUCACAAGUGCGCAUCUCGCCUGACGGGCGAUGGAUCGCGUCGUCGUCUGCGGACGGCACCGUGCGGAUCUGGGACGCGGUAACGGGGCAGCACGCGGAGACGCUCGUCGGCCAUAUGGCGGGUGUAUCGGCCGUGGCCUGGUCGCCGGACAGCGCGACGCUGGCGUCGGGGUCCGACGACAAAGCGAUCCGGCUGUGGGACCGGGUUACGGGACGCCCAGCGCGCGCUGGCAAGCCGUUGCUUGGACACCAUAGCUACGUGUACUGUCUCGCGUUCUCGCCGAAGGGGAAUAUACUGGCGAGCGGGAGCUACGACGAGGCUGUUUUUCUCUGGGACGUGCGUGCCGGCCGGUUGAUGAGGAGUCUUCCUGCCCACAGCGACCCCGUGAGCGGGAUUGAUUUCUGUAGGGAUGGGACUUUGGUCGUUAGUUGUAGUACUGAUGGGUUGACUCGAAUAUGGGACACCUCCACAGGCCAAUGUCUCCGAACCUUAGUGCACGAAGACAACCCCCCCGUAACAUCCGUCUGCUUCGCGCCCAACGGGCGGUAUGUCCUCGCCUUCAGCAUGGAUUCGUGUCUGCGUCUGUGGGACUACGUGUCCGGUACGGUGAAGAAGACGUACCAGGGGCACCAGAACAGCGGUUUCAGCAUCGGCGGCUGCUUCGGCACCGUACCCUCUUCUUCCUCACCCCCCUCUGACAACGACAACACCCCAGACGAGAGCGGAAGGGCGUUCAUAGCGGCGCCGAGCGAAGACGGGGCCGUCGUGCUCUGGGAUGUUAAGACGAAGGAAGUAGUCCAAAGAAUCGACGGCGCCCACGACGGCGUCUGCUUCUGGGUCGAUGUCCACGGCGACACCAUGGUUAGCGCGGGCAAGGACGGCCGUAUCGUCGUAUACAAGCACCGCGGCCCAGACGCGGUAGCCAAGGUCAACGGCGUGGCUGCCGGGACGAAAGAUGUAGUUAUGGAGGAUGGGGCUAAUGCUAAUACUACUGCUAAUGGGGACGGAAGCGGAAGCAUAUCACCGCUCAAAGACGAGGAUGUGAAGAAGGAGGAUUAGAAAGCAUGAUUAAUAUACCAGGAACCUAGAGCUAAGUACCUAGAGGGGAUAUAGGCGGCGUGUAUAAAUGAGCAUUUCAGGAAAGCGAAAAGGGCGAAGGAAAGAAAAUAAAAUCGACUUCGCUGUUACACGUAUAAAUACCUACUAAGAGACAACUGUCACAAAGUCUGAUUUAAUCUACGUAUAAGCAUAUUCGUUCGUC